AUGGCGGCAAGGCGUGCGGACGUGUUUUGCUUGCUCCUGUUGUUCAUUUUUAUUUAUACAUGUUUUUGCAUCAGAAAAAGUUGCUUUUGUCAACCAGAUGGGAUCAGUAUCACUAUUACUGGUUUGUGUAAAGAACAAGAAGAAACAUUCGUUUAUUCGUCACUGUUUGCAGUUAGAUCGAAGUCCAUAGCUCGAUACAGAAAAAGAAGUUUGAUUUGUUUGUUAUUACUGGCUUGCGGAGAUGUCGACAGUUGUCCAGGACCGCAAUAUGAACAGAUAAAAUCGUUUACAAACAUGAAAGGUAUAAAGUUCUUACACCAAAAUAUCAGAGGAAUUUUUCAUAACAUGGCAAAUCUUACUGCAUUAUUAUCUUAUGAAAAUCGUAUAGACAUUUUGACAUUAUCUGAAACUCACAUCGAAGCACAGAGUGGGUUUGAUAACAACGAUUUAUACACAAUACCGGGGUACAACUUCAUUUCACGUUGUAGAGAAAUUGGGAAAGGUGGAGGUGUGGCCACUUAUAUAUCGGAACAAUUGACAUGGAAAAGGAGGGAAGAUCUAGAGGUGAAUGACAUUGAAUGUAUCUGGCUCGAAAUUUUUUCCGAAAAACGCAAAAAGUUUUCUUAUAUGCUAGAAAUGUUAAUAGCUGUUAAUAAAUUAACACUAGAAACAAUCAUUAUGGGCGAUGUUAAUGUGAAUUAUUUGAAACAAGGUGAUCAUCGUGAAAUCAAAGAUAUAUUCAAAUUGCAAUCAUUUGUACAGCUCGUAAAAAAGCCCACGAGAAUAACGCAAGACACUGAAACAUUAAUUGAUGUGAUAUUUACUAACAAAAGUUCGACGAUCUCCCACACGGACGUUCUAGCUCUGAGUCUGAGUGAUCACGAUUGUAUUGGUUGCGUAAGAAAAGUUAACCAUCAAAAGUUUAAAUCGCGCACCACACGAUGUCGAAAUUACAACAAAUAUGACCCUGAAAAAUUGAACACAGACAUAAAUAAUCAUGAUUGGCAACCUAUGUAUGAAAUGAGUUCCGUGGAAAGUUCCUGGGAAUAUUUUAAAACAACAGUACAUGCUAUAAUCGACAAGCACGCUCCCGUUAUAACCAAAAUGGUAAAAGGACGUUCCUGUCCGUGGUUGAGUGCUGAAAUUAAGAAACAUAUGAACAAUCGAGAUAAACUCUUGAGAAAGGCACGAAAAACGAAGAAAGCGUCAGAUUGGUGUUUGUACAGACAAUUAAAAAAUCUUUGUAACAACAAAAUUCGAGUUGCAAGAAAUGGUUAUCAGAAAAACUUGUUAGUGGAAAACCGGCAUAAUCCUCGUAAGUUUUGGAAAACAAUCAAAAGCAUAUUUCCUGCAGGAAAGUCAUCAUCUCCAACAAAUAGUGAUCAGCCGGAUGCAGCUGAGAAACUUCUUUACGCUAACAAAUUUUGUCGAUACUUUUCAGAUUGCGCUAGAAAAUUGAAGGACGUCGCUUUUUCAUUACGAAACCUUAUAUGGAGAUAUACUCCAAUAAUUUCGACCAGGACUGAUAAACUCUUUCAUUUUCAUUACGUCACGAAAGUGUUUGUCGAAAAAGAAUUAAAAUCUUUGAAGAGAAAGAAAGCCACCGGUGCAGAUGACAUACCACCGGGUGUUUUGAAAGAUGCUGCUACACUCCUUUCUCAACCAUUAGCAUUCAUUAUAAACCUGUCGCUGCGUACCAGUACAAUACCGUCGGACUGGAAAAUCGCAAAAGUUACGCCACUUUUUAAGGGAGGAAAUUCAUCUGAAGAAACAAACUAUCGACCUAUCUCAGUUCUUCCUAUAGUUUCCAAGAUUCUAGAACGUGCUGUUCAUCACCAAUUAAUUGAUUAUCUAGAAUCAAAUAACUUACUUUCUCGAAAUCAAUUUGGGUACCGUCGAAAACGAUCAACGGAGAUGGCGACUACGUUAUUAACGGACAACAUCAGGAAAGAAGUAGACAGUGGCAAUCUAGUUGGUGCAAUUUUUGUUGACUUGUCAAAAGCAUUUGACACUCUUAGUCAUGGAUUUUUACUGUCAAAAUUAUGUUCUUAUGGUAUUAAAGGAAUUGCUUUGAAUUGGUUCUCAGACUACCUCUUCAAUAGAAAGCAGUAUUGCGUAGUAAACAACGUAGCAUCCGAAGAGAAAAGUAUUGUCUGUGGUGUACCACAAGGAUCCAUCUUAGGACCUAUCUUGUUUUUACUUUAUUUCAAUGACUUUGAAGAGUGCGUUAAAUAUUCUGAAGUCAUAGAGUUUGCAGAUGACACGGUGUUAUAUUUUGCGAGCAAACGGUUACAAGACAUCGAAGACAAGUUCAAUUACGAUCUCGAGAAGAUAGCCGAAUAUCUCAAAGAUAACGAAUUAGUAAUAAAUCUCAGAAAAGGAAAGACCGAGUCAAUGGUAUUUGGAACUCAAAAACGACUCUCGAUGUAUUCACGACAAAUGAAUUUAUAUUACAAUGACGUUCCAAUAUCUUCAACUACACAUUAUAAGUAUCUUGGUACUGUUUUGGAUCCAUCUUUGAACAUGAACGAAAACUUUAACACGAUUUACAAAAGAGCUUCGAACAAGCUACGUUUGUUAAGUUCACUCAAAAUGGGUCUUACUGCGGAUGCUGUUAGAAAGAUCUACACAGCUAUUAUUUUACCAGGAUUAUCCUAUUGCAGCAACGUUCAGCUCAAAUUCAGUGAUACUCAAAUAAAGAGACUCGAAUCCAUUGACAAUCGUGCUAGAAUUCUGACUCAACAAAAUAGUCAUCAAAGAACAACAAGAAACAACGGUUUUCUUUUAUUUAUACCUAAAGUGAAAUUAGAAUUUGCAAAGGGAAGCUUCUUUUCAAUGGGUGUGAGUUUAUUCAACUCUUUACCCAUUGGAAUUAGGCAAUGUGAAAUUUUUGAGGAAUUUAAAGCUUUGUGUCAAGCACAUUUUGAAGGUUUUGAGUGGGAAGUAAGCUUUGAAUCAACUUUAUGCAAUUCAAGCACCAUAAAUUGUUGUCCUCUAAAAACGGCACAAAAUGAAGUGGACACAUCACAACUAGUUAGUAAAAUUAUUGGUAGUAAAAAAGCAGGACUCGCACAGGGUAAAAUUAUUAUUAAUAAGAAAGAUUGA